CAGGGUGACAAUGUCAUUUUGUUCUCCAAUCAUCAAACUGAAGCAGAUCCAGCUGUUAUUGCAUUGCUGCUUGAAGCAAAAAAUCCACACAUUGCUGAGAACAUGAUCUAUGUGGCUGGAGAUAGAAUUAUAACAGAUCCUCUUUGCAAGCCUUUCAGCAUGGGACGGUGCUCAUAAAGUUUCUUGAUCUUCUGUACAAAUGCAUGUAUCCUAUAAUUCCCUAUUUCUUCUUAAUAAAGUUUUCGUGAGUCCAACUUCUUACAAUCUUAGGAAUCUCUUAUGCGUUUAUUCAAAAAAUCACAUGUAUGAUGUUCCGGAGCUUGCUGAGAUGAAAAAAAGGGCAAAUAUGAGAAGUUUAAAGGAGAUGGUUAUGCUUUUGAGGGGUGGAUCGAAAAUAAUAAGGAUUGCACCAAGUGGUGGAAGGGAUCGCCCAGACACCGUCACAAAGGAUUUGUAUCCGGCACCCUUUGAUGCUUCUUCAUUGGACAACAUGAGAAGGAUUAUGGAAAAUGCUGGUGUACCUGGUCAUAUAUAUCCUUUAGCAAUAUUGUGCUAUGACAUUAUGCCCCCUCCACCCCAGGUUGAGAAAGAAAUUGGAGAAAAAAGACUGAUCUCCUUUCAUGGGGUUGGAUUAUCAGUGGCACAGAAAAUCAGUUUCCAUGAAAUUGCUGCUGCUUGUGGAGAUGCUGAAGAGGCUAAGGUGGUGUACUCACAGGCCCUGUUUGAUUCUGUCAACCAACAAUACAAUGUGCUAAAAUCUGCCAUACAUGACAAACAAGUUUUAGUAGCAGCUACUCCAACUAUCUCGUUGUCGCAGCCGUGGCAAUGCUGAACUUCUUGUACCUUUUCCAUGCCAUCCUGCUUUAAAAUCAGGUAAUUUUUGAUAGAGAUUAUAAAUUACCUAUGCUUAGUUUGACCUUGUAAUACUUCAAAACCUGCACAACCUCCUAUGUUUUUGGACCCAACUGAAAUUGUGAGAAAUUCAGUUAAAAUUAACAGUCAAAGC